AGCUGUUUCGUGUUGUCCUUUCACCUAAACGCCGCCCCUCUUCUAACCAAUACUCCUGAUCGCACCGCACUAGAAAACAACAUACACACGUUCAUUGACAAGUCGGGAACAUUAUUUGAACGUUAUCGCUGUGUGUUAUUUCAUUGUCUGUGCUGAUUUUCCUCAUGCAGAGUUUUUCUGAAGGCGAAUGUCUGCAGGCGAAAAAAAUUCAGCUUCGGAAACGAUUGCUACAUUUCCUGCAAACACAGGCCUAUAAAAAUGAGUUUGUAUGGACGGAAGACAGUAAAAUUGCUUUGUUGAAGGAACUAUACUCUGCAUUGCUAUGUUAUGAUGAAUCUUUUUGGACUCCAUACUUUCUAGACAAAAAACCAAUUAUCACAGGCACGUUUAGUCUUAGAAAGGCUCAGGGUUCUGUUGACGGUGAUGAAUACAAAAGAGGACGCGCGAAACCCGUUUGUGGACAUGUGUUUCGUAAAGGCGAAGUUAUCUUCCGCUGUAAGAACUGUAGUCUUGACAGCAAUUCCGCGCUGUGUGUGCGCUGUUUUCGAGCGAGUGCUCACAAAAAACACGAGACAUCUUUUUCUAUUAGCACUGGAAGUGGAGGAUGCUGUGAUUGUGGUAAUGCAGAAGCCUGGAAGCAAGACUAUCAAUGCGAAAUUCAUGCUCAAGCACAAGAGCCUUUGGAUUCCUGUUCCCAUCCAGAGCUAAUCCCAACAGUUUUACAACUGGGAAUAGCGGAAACCUUCGCAUGCGCCAUUAAUUUUAUUAUUGAUGUUAUUUCUUGCAGCCCUGAAAAAUUGAAGCGUCUAUCCAGUGUAAAUGAGGUUUUGCAAAACGAAGUCUCCUCUCGUUUUCUUGAAAGUCAGUAUGGUAUGCCGGAUGAACCAUGUACUACAUUUUCACUGGUGUUGUGGAAUGAUGAAAAACAUUCAUUUAAACAGUUUUAUGAACAAAUAACGACGGCUAUCGAGGCACCAAAUAACAAAUUCGGCAUGCAAAUGGCGGAUGUCAUUAAUACAACCGGUCGUGCUGUCGUUGCUACCAGUCAUAAUAUAAAUGACCUACUUGUUAUGGCUCAGUGCUUAUCUCAAAUUAAUUUGGCCGUCUCAAUUCGUUCCACCCGGGAUUUGUUUCGUGAAGAAGCAUGUGGAGUAAUUAUUCAUUGGCUCGAUGAUCUGGCAGACAGCCAUACAUUUGGUGAUCGUAACUACUUACGCUUGAUACUAUGUUCAACUUUACGGAGGCCGUGGACUUGUGGACUACAAAAUGUAACCCAGACUUUACAGCAUGCCAUCAUCACUAAUCCUUUAUCAUCUUUGGAUGAGACUGACACAGAUACAACUCCAUCCCGUCUUAGUCAAUCUUCUCAAUCCAGUUCUGCAAGCUACAGUCGUUCAUGCUGGGCCCCCUGUGUCAACGAAGUUGCUGCUCCUUCUUUUGCCGAAUCGACAAAGAUGGACUAUUUAUUUUUGUACGAUUUAAAACUUUGGAAGAGUUUACGCUAUAAAUUGCAGGAAAUGUACCUUGGCCAUCUGGUAUGGCAGCCUAAUUUUCGUGAGUUCAUGGGUAUACGAAUUGCCGUAUUGUACCGGCAACUCGCCGAAUCUUUUCUUCUUCUGGAUCGGGAGCCGGAGCACUCUGUCAUAUUCUUCUCCGUGCAAAUAUUCACCAUCCCACAAAUUGCUAAGCAACUCGUAGCAAAAUACGAUUUUUUGACAACUGUGAACUCAGCCCUUUACACAUUUUUCACGGAUAAAAAUGAACAAAAACCAAAUUUUGUGGACGAAAACGCAAUGAUUCGGACGGACUCUGCAGCCUUUCAUUCACGGAGGUACUUCCACGUCUUCCAUCACAUUCAAUUCCUGCUGGGAAUUGAAAGUGUUCAAGAGAUCAUGCGCGUAGAUUUCCGUUAUUUAAAGCAGUAUAUUUCUUUUCUGUACUUGUUUCAAGGCAUGUGUCCGUAUGUACGAGCCAUUACUCAACAUGUUGAAUGGGAAAAUGAUUCCUGGAUGUACGUUUUGAAUGUGAGUUUACAGAUUGCUAAACUUUGUCGCUACAUUGGUAAUGUUUAUGUUGGUCUCGACACAGGAUCCUUGGCUGCUGCUAUACAGUUAUUGUUUGAUGUUAUCUUGCGCCCUAAAUUCCAUAAUGGCUCUUGGAAUCAUAAAGAGAAUCUUUCUGUUUAUACUUCUACAGCAAGCGGUGAAAAAACACUUGUUGACUAUGAUGUUGCAAGCCAGUGCGUUUCAUUUCAUCACCCCUUACACUGGUUGCUCAGCACUCUCCUUUCCAACUAUGUUGGAAGAAAAGAUACUCAGAAGCUCUGGUCUGACGAACAGUUGCUUGCCGUCAUUGAACAUCCUAUACGGGUGUGCACUUGGCUAAGCCAAAUGCGGGCUAAACUUUGGGUUCGUAAUGGUACAACACUACGCGAUCAGGCACAUCAUUAUCGAGAUUUAAGCUUUCACGGCUACACCUUCGCUAUGGAUGUAUUAUUAAUACAAGUUGCAAUGGUCUACGGUAAUACUGAUUCCGUUUUUGAACGGUUGGUGAAGGCUUUCCAAUUGACGGACCAAAUGACAGGGAACUAUUUUAAUGAACACAAGCACUAUGACCUAACUCAGCUUACUUCAAUGUUCGAAGAUUUUCUGCUUUUAAUAAUUAGCCUGGUGUCAAAUGUUGUUGGGCUUGAGAACUGGUCUGCUUCCAACUGUAUUAAGUAUGACCUUAUUCACAUAUUAUGUUUUGGACCGCUAUCGUACUCGGAGAUUGUAAAACGCGUUUCAGAACACUUGCUAGAGAGAACCGAGUUUGAGGAAGUACUUCAUACCGUAGCUGACUUCAAGCCACCGGAGGGUCUCAAUGAUACUGGCUUAUUCACUAUCAAAAGUGAAUGCUUAGAUUUUGUUGAUCCCUACAAUAUUCACUUUUCACGAAAUCAACGUGAGGAAGCUGAGUGUAUUCUAAGAAGGAAAUAUGGGAAGCAACAGUUUUUGGAUGAGAAUAAUGUUGUCUACGAGUUGUAUUCACAUAGUUAUGCCACUCCACUAACUACGCGAAUUGUGAUGUGCAAUUCGUACUUGCAAACUAUAUGGCACGCAUUAGUGUAUGCAUACUUGUUUCCCACUGAUCAGUGUAAGUUUGAAGGCCUUGUAAAUAUUAGUUUACAUGCUAUCUUACUGGCAUUGUCGCACGAAACUUCGGAACCUUUCGAUUUCAGUCGUAGUGUGUGCGUAAAAAAGUUCUCCGUGCCAAAUGGUCUUCGUUUGUAUUGUUCCAAGCCGGAGGUUUCACUUUUGACUAUCCUUGCUCAGUUAAAAAGCCACAAACUAUUUGCGUUUUCUCGCCCGCGAAUUAUUGGAAUUUUGCAACUCCUUCAGAAACGCCUUUCUGCAGAAUUUGAAAUGUGUUUUUCUGAUAGUGUUGCGGCUUCAAUACCAGAAGUUUCCUUGGAUAUUUCGUGCAAAGAAAAUCAAGAGAAGGAAGAAAAACUUAAGCGCGCUAGGGAGAGAAAGGCACGGAUUCUUGAACAAUUUCGACAACAACAAAAACAGUUUUUGGAGAAUAAUGCCGAUUUUAAUGAUUACGACUCUAAUAUGGACAUUAAUGAUAAUGAUGAAAAUGAAAGCUUGGAUGAGAAUGCCGAUUUAUUUUUGACGCCCCCCAGUGAUACGUGUCUAUUAUGCCAGGAGGAAUUAAAAGACAAAAAUUCGUACGGUAUAUUGGUUUACGUUCAGCGCAAUUCAUUGUUGAGAUAUCUUCCUGGCGAUAAUGUUUCAUACCUAUCUGAAUUGUUGGAGCUACCUUCUAGUUUAGACCGAAAGGUUUCCUCAAGGCCUUUUGGCGUUGCUGGCAUGAAGAAGAAAAAGAUGGACACUUUGCCCAUUGAAGAAUUAGACGAUGAUUGCUUGAAAGGUUUCCCUUCGGAUUGCUUAAGAAAAGGCCUUCAGGUUACAAGUUGUGGUCACUACAUGCAUACAAAUUGUUUUAAGACCUACGUUUCAACUGUUAAUAUGACCACUCGAGCUAAUCCUUACCGCAAUCAUCCUCACAAUUUGAGCAUGAAGGAAUUUCUGUGUCCACUUUGCAAAUCGCUCUGUAAUUCUAUAUUCCUGUUGAUGUCAAAACCUCAUAAGGAAAAGCGCCUGAGUGAGUGCACUGGACCAGAUGCAAUAAGGGACUGGAUUACGAAUCGUGUUUAUUUAGAACGCGACUCCCUGCAAACUGACGAUUUGUUUAGUUCGGAUUGUUGCUUGUCUUUAUUCUCAAUCGACGUUUUGCAGCAGCGUCUCCGAAAUACAUUGAAAGAACAGUAUGUGUCUUCUUUUACCUUACCGCAGGAAAACCGUAUAGCAUCCAGAACAGACACCUUACGUGUGGAACUUAGUUCUUGUGGAAGUGAAUCUUCCGUUUCAUCUUUUCUUGAAACGCAUAAGAAUUAUGAAUACGUUUAUGUUACUGAAGGCGUUUAUGAACUUUACAGACGACUCGAAGAUGUUCUUGAUUUAAAUCUUACAGUAUACACUGAUGGAUUCAUAAUUGCAAAUGGCAAGCUUGUGAAUGUUUUGGAAUUGUAUUCUUACACACUUGCUUGCACUGAAGUGUCUCAACGCGGAACAAAUGGUGUAGAUAAAUCUCAAACCAUGUUGUGGUUUGAAGUCUUGACUCCUAGCCAAUUAGUUUUUCUGCGAGUUUUAUCUGUAACCGUUAUGACAUAUGCUGCUCUUUCAAUGAACGACUUUCGGAAUGGUUUAUCUGGGACUUCCUCUGAAUAUGCCACUUUAGUUGCUGGACAACACUACCGGCUUUUUGGUGCUUCAGUCCCUGGUUUCUUUUCCACCCAAGUUCCUAAUCAAGGCGCAAAGUAUGAUACGCUCUUGUCAAAAGAUAUUUUCACAGAAUUCGCUGAAGCAAGUGUUUCAGGGUUUCUGAUUCAUGAAGAAUCAUUUAUCACGCUUACGAAGUGCUAUUAUCUUGCAGAUACUGUGAAGACAAUUUGGUUCCUACUAAAACAACUUGAUACUCUCAAAAAAUGUCCUGUGCCACGAAAUUAUCCCGUUCGCACGCCCCAAGCCCUUCUUGGAUUUAAGCAUCUAGUGUACUAUAUAUGGCGAUAUGUAUGUACAUCUGAAAGAAUGAAUCAGAGUCCAGAGGACUGUCCGGAAUUGAACAAUGCGUCUUUUCUCUCCAUGCUUCUGGAUUUGACUGAGAAGUUUGCGCUUGUAUUUUUGCGCAAGUGUGCCCUACUAUGGUACGUUCGCUAUGGUAUACAUUUCGAUACAUUUCCUGCUGAGGACCUUGAUAAGUCGGAAAUGGAUCGAAUUACAAAAGCCCUCGAUCUUCCUACGGUCACCGGAAACUGUAACACUUUGUUACAGAAGGAAAGCUUGACAGAAUGGAAGUUAAUUGAACAUUGGUGCCAAUCUCACAUAGCGAACAGCCCUUAUCGAGAGUAUUCACGCGUAUAUACUCCGUCGAUUUAUGAGUUAGUUCCGCUGCCACGAGAACAAGAUUUGCUGUUUGAGUUGUUGUUAGGACGAACCUGCAGCAAAUGUCAAACUGAACCUUUAGAACCGGCAAUCUGUUUGUUUUGUGGUCAAGUGCUUUGUUUCCAAAGUCACUGCUGUUCAUUCAAUGGUGUUGGCGAGUGUAGUCUUCACCUCCAGCAAUGUGCUUCUAACAUUGGCAUUUAUUUCAUCGUUAAGCGCUGUUGUAUACUAUUCUUAAACCCACCCACCGGUAGUUUCGCUGCAGCACCCUUUACUGAUUUAUAUGGCGAAGCCGAUCUGGGUUUACGAAGAGGACGAUCGCAAUUCCUGCGACAAGACCGGUAUGAUGCAUUUGUUCGCAAUGUUUGGAUUCAAGGUGGAGUUUCCUCUUACAUUGCACGUCGACUCGACUUGCAAGUUGACAUAGGCGGAUGGGAGACUUUGUAAAAUUAGACUUUCAUCAAGCAUGUAGUAAUAGACUUACAAGAAAAAUAUUUCAGAUACUAUGUUUCCAAAAAAUGACAAUACUAAAUUAAUACUAAUAAUGAAUUGUUUUCAGAAGUUAAGAUGUAGACAUUGUGAAUGGAA